AUGGAUGACUUAGAGGCUUCAAUUGCUCAGAUUAUAGACCAAACGCAGGCUACGCUGUUUGAGAAUCCAGAAUUGAGCAUAAAUGAUGAUAUAUUGACGAUACCUUUGGGAGUAGACUCGUUUCCUGAAAAGCUUUUGUCAGGCGAGUUUUCGGAAGAUGGUGCGACGUCAUUGAAUAGGAAAGAGUUGAUAUUGAAGAAAAUAUUGGGUGAUGUGGUUUCUGGGACCGGAGAAAAUAGUGUCCAGAAAGUGUGCUUGUUGCUGGACCUUUGUUACCAUUUAAAAUGUAGAAGUGAGGAUGAAACGGAAUCCAAAAUGUGGGCUAGUCUCUUUUUUGAUUUAACAGCUACAUGCAUACUGACGCUACCGUUCCCACAUGAAUUGGGGAAUUUCUACUUGUAUCUUAAUUCAAGACUCCCAUGGUACUUGGAAGGGUUAUCUAAGGAGCCGGUACCAGUAGGGGAAACGAAUUUGAAAAUGGGAAUUAGGCCUCCUGCGGCCAAACUUUUCUUCAGUAUCGAUACGCUUUUGAAAAACCUAAAUUCACAUUCGCUAUUCUUAACUCCAGCCCACUUUGAUCUUGUCCAUAGAUUGCUAUGGUGGAUCUCGCAAGUAAUCCCAAUAAACGAUAAUUGUAACAUUAAUAAAAGAGCUAAAAUAAUGGAAGACUACCCAGAGUCUUUUUGGGCUCCACAUUUACCUGCUUUGGGUAGUUCUGCGACGAUUCUUUCCGAUUGGGUAAGUAUCUGCGACGAUUGGUUUUUACAUCCGUUACACUGGGUCUUCUCGCAUCCUAGAGAUAAAUUGAGCAUUGAGCCCAUUCUUCAUAGGUUUUUGGAUGAAGUACUAUCGUUUGAAUCUGAUUUCUACAAAAUGGUGAAAAACAAGAAGGAAAAAAAUGCCAAACAACAAGCGGCUGUAAAUGGGAAAGAAUACUACUCAUUGAAUUUCAUCAAUGGGGACUUUGGCAAAAUCAAGGAUUCAAGAGAUUCUAUAUCAGAAUCUAAGAUAGAGUUCUGGAAGUACUUCAACUCAGUUGCCGAAAAGAAUGAGAAUGUGAUCCAACUCUUACCGUUGGAGCUCGACUUAUUCGACCUAAAGGCCUUCCAGGACAGAAUUGAAGCAUUUGAAUAUGGGUAUUUCCGGAAACUAGUCAUCAUUCAAAUAUUCUUGACAGUCUCGUUGUUCCAUGAGAUUAUUUCGGAUUCCACUCUAGCUCAUUACUGUGGCAAGAUUUUCAACCAGACAGUGACAACUCAUUCUACCAAGAUGCGAGUGGAAUAUGGUGAUAAUACCCUGAAUAAGAACGAGAAACCGUUAAAAUUUUUAUCAGCAAAGAAGCAUAGAAUCCUUACAUUCUACCAAACCAAUGAUACACCAUUCUAUGAGUUGUUGAAGAGUAUAGUCAACAAUGAAGUAGAAACCCUAAAGCAGAAGGUGGGUGACUAUGCAGAUAUGAAGGAUAUACAUUGGUCGUCUGCUGCUUUAAGCAAACCAGUGAUAAAUGACUCUUUUAAGAAAUUCGGCUGGAUAAAGCUUGGAAAUAAAAAGCUCGAUAGUUUAUGGAAGGUUCCUUCAGGCCUUGAAUUGGCCAAGAAGUUCUCGGAGUCCAACGGUAAAAAUCCAUCAGAAUUAUACAAAUCUAUCGUUAGUGGAUAUAAGGAGAACUCAGAACUAGAAAACAACGAUAGUGUAAACGUAAAACAAUGGCAGGCUUUAAGAUCGUUGAGGUCAGAAUAUUUGUUUGAAUUUAACAAGGUAAGCGAAAAGACUACUUUGAACGGGUUUGCCGACGAGACUUUGGUAACGAAAGAUAUUGAAUCCAAGAAAGAAAUUUUGGCAAACAGAGCUCAAAAGAAGAAGAACAUACACACUCAAGCUGUUGCUGAAGCUGAACAAUAUUUCAAAGAUAUCGAACAGAAGAGAAGAGACUUACUAGAGGCCAAGAUUAAAAGCCAAAGAGAAGCACUAGAAAGCUCUAAAACAGAGAAUACCUCUAGCGCCGAUACAGGAACAGAAAACAAGACCGACGCUCCUAAGAGAGAGCUAGAAGGAGAACCCUCAGAGUCUCAGGAAGAUUCUUCCCCAAAAAAGAGAAAGAUCAAUCCGGAGACGUCUCCAGAGACUCCAGAAGUUGCAACAGAUGGUGCUGAACCUACAAAAGUUCCAGAAACUACAGACAAUUCCGAUGCUGUAGAAAACUCAGAAGCACCAGAAGCAGCUGCUUAG